UUCAGAACAAAAAGGGGUAUCGAAGUAUCUUGCAGAUGAGAAUGACCAUUAUACCCUUCGCUGUCCUCCAUAGACCAUAAGCCAUUUUGGCUAACGAGUCCUUCUAUAUGACUCGCCUUCCAAAGUUUCCAGUCCUUUUACCUGCCAUAUGCUAAGUACUCUUUCCCGCCAAAAAAAAAGGUAUCCCAUGAAAAACCCACCAUUUAUAGUGUUUCUUUUAAUCUUUGUUACUAUUUCUCAUUUGGUCAUUCCACAACGGUACUCUAGAGAGAGAAAAAGAGAGAUAUGAAAGGGUCAUCUAAGGUGAUAAUGGGAGCAACAAUGGCAAUUGUAAUUAUCCUUGCCAUUGUUUUAGGCUUAGUUUUGGUACUUCUAGCUGAACUUUAUUGUUCUCUUCUACUCCGGCGACGAAAGCUCAAGGCCGAAAAACCCGGUUCGAUACCCGAAAAUCCUCCGAUUUCUCAACCUCAACAACCUCAAGAGCUUUUGGUCCCUUCUCCUCUUAGUAGCUUUUAUGCUCAAGGAGUUUUAGAUGCUCCUAGAAGCUUCCUCUUUCCUAAACUCCCUAGUAAGAGAGAACAACGAGCUGAUUUUGAUGACAUUGAGAGGCCAAAACAUGGGAAACUUCACCAGUUUCUUAGAGUUCAAUCCCCACAUCAAAUUGGCCUUACUUCAUCUUCAUCUCCCUCUCCUUCUGUAAUGCCAGUUAUACAACAACCUCAACAACCACCACCUAACAAAAACCCCGGAAUCAAACUUGAAGGUGGUUGUCCUAUUGAUGAUGAAGCAUGCUGUAAUGGGAAGGGGAAGGAUUUCAUGUACAUUUCAAACCCUAUCUACGACAACGAUGUUGCCCGUCCUAGCCACAUCGCAACCCCGUUCGAGACUCCAGACAGCUCGCCGUCUCAAUUGAAUCGAAGCGGGUCAUCAGGGAGCGAGGAAGAGGAAGAGGAAGAGGAAGAGGAAGAGGAAGAGGAAGAGAUAGGAAAUGAAAAUAGGGAGACUUCAAGCCCAUCUUCAUUGCCAUUAAGUCCUAUAAAAGAACUCCCUACUAAGGCUGCUUCUGUUUCUUUAAGGGAUGCAAGGUCUUUAGGCCCUUCUGCUAGUGAAUCAAAUAGUCAUAUUGGGCGUUCUUCUACAUCUUCAGAUUCACCUCGCACAUCACCUUCUUGGUAAAACAUUAGUAACAAUUUUUACGUGCCAAUCUUGAUUAUUCUCUGGGAAUUUUACAUGAAUUUGGUAAAAAAUGAAGUACAUUUAAGGUAAAAUGAUGCAAGGGCCAAAUUCUAUGAAAUGUUCUAUGUAACAUAGUAGGUACAUCAUCCAAAUUGUCCCACUAAUUUCGGGGUAAAAAUAUUUCCCCCAUUUUUCUCUCUCCUAGUACUAGGUAGAUAGUAGUAGUUUUGUAGUAAAAGAUUAGUUAGCAACUUAGCAUAGUUGUGGAGGAACUUGUGCUUUUGAGAAUGGCACGUGAACCCAUGCCACGCUUCACCUAACUUUAGCUCUUUUAUCUGUCUUGAGGUCUUUUGUUGUUUUGGAUAAAGUUUUCUUCAAUUAAUAUUAUGUAAACUCUUAAUAGAAAAAUGUUCUUUUUUUAA